UCCUCGUCGGCCACCGUAUGAUGUCGUGGCGUUUCCAACAGUGACGGAAGUCGGCGUUACACCCACCGGGCAACGGUUUACUGUCGCUUCCGACUUUAUUUAGCCGCUAUCCUUUUUUCCUCCAGACUUCAACCAUACAUUGGGAAGCGUUCCUUUCACUGGGUCGGGAUGAGGCGCGCCGGACUGGGUGAAGGAGGCCCCGGGCAUUAUGUAGCCAGCGGCUACAGCGUUCAUGAGGAGGAAAACGAGCAGCUGCGGGAGGGACUGAGGGCUAAAGUCGGCGCCCUAAAGAGUCUGUCAAUUGAGAUCGGAACCGAAGUGAGGGUGCAGAAUCAGUUGUUGAGCGAUAUGGACUCGGACUUUGACUCGACAGGCGGGCUGCUCGGAGCCACUAUCGGCAGAGUCAAACGGCUGUCCAGAGGCAGCCAGACCAAACUGCUGUGCUACAUGCUGCUCUUCUGCUUUUUUGUCUUCUUUGUUCUUUACUGGUUUAUGAAGUUGAGGUGAUAAGGUGCAUUCAGCUCGGACUUGGACCUUUGCUUCCACAACUUUAGUUCCUGUCUGAUGCAGCUCUACACUAGACCAACUCAUUGGUGAUGACGUAGAGGCAGGAACAAGGAUAAACGCGUAUAAUUCAAUGUUACGUGCUCAGUGUCUGAGCCACCAGUUUGGGGUUGUGAUAGUUUUUUUUUUCCUGGAAAGGAAAAGACCUAAAAUGAUAAAUGAGCUGAUAAAUUGUGUACAGUUUAUGUACCUAAAGCCAUGUUAGUAUUUAUCUACGGUUCAGAACUGCCUAAUCUAAAGUGAUGGAACAAGAUUUAACUUGAAACACUAAGAACCUUGAUGCAGUUUGUGGAAACGUAGAAUUCAACGUCUGUGGAAAUGCUUAUAAUAGAGCAAAUGUUAAGUGAUAAAUGGAAAAUAAUCACACCCUGAACAUGCAAUUUACCAUAGGUGUUUAUUCCCCCCCACACCUCCAAAAAAUGGAUAUACAGUCAUCAGAUUAAUGACAGCAAUAUCUGUUUCAGAUCUAAUGUAAAAAUGUUGUAAAUAAACAAAUUUUAUGUACUGAA